AUGAUUGAGCUAGCUGAUGUCCCGUGGGAGGAUGAUGACAUGACACUACCACCCUCAGAUGAUGACGACAAGGUUACUAUUCCAUGGGGUGGAUGGGUGCAUGAGAAGCCCUCGGCCAGACGCCGUUCUCGAGCUAGAGCGGCAAUUGAGGCAGCCGGACCUUCGUCCUCCACAGCAGCAGCAGGACCCUCUUCCUCAGCUGCAGCAGCAGCACCCUUGCCACCACCACCACCACCUGAGCCGAUAUACCUGUUGGUCCAGCGCCUAUUUUGCUUUAUGGAGCACUCUCCCGUUUCUGACGAGCAUGACCAGGAGGAGGAGCAUGGUGAGGAGCCGACUCAGCAGGAGGCACCCCUAGAGACACAGGUCACCACAGAGAUACCGCAGCCAGUUCCACAGCCUGAGCCACAGCGCGAGCCUGAGCCACAGUCUGGCGCGACUGUUGACCCCCAUCCUGAGCUUCAGCAGUAG